AUGGAGACCUACCUCAGUAGUAUCCCAGGAUCGGCGCCAAGUAGUCAACAAGCAGCUUUUCCAUCGGAGACAACUGCGACUCCGGUUGCUUGUGUGACAGAUUGGAAAUCCCCCAUGCCAUAUCGACAUCCGAGAGCAAAACCGGCGAGUAUUACAGCUUUCGGACUGGCAUAUAGGGUCGCUCUGUACGACAUUGCUCCACAUCUACCUUGCUCGCUGCCGUUUGAGAAGACAGUCACAGGACCGACGACAACCGACCGUGGCCGGCCAGCAAAGGAUCCAUUCGUGUCCAAAGCGCCUCUUGAACACGACGUUCGAGGACUGUGCGCCCUGCCGGGAGAUGGCUUGGUCGAUGAAGACUGCGACCAGGGUGCGGACCGCUAG